AGUGCGCAGAGCACAUGCAAGAUAACUGUUAACUAUUUUUUCUUACUCGCAUUUAGUGCCAUGAAGUUUUUGUGUGCAUGUCUUUUGAUAGGACUUUUAUACAGAAUCAACAGCGUACAUUCUAAUCAUAUCCACGUUUGGAGAAAUAAUGAAAAAUAUAAUGACAAGCUAUUUGUCGACCAAUUCAACUUCAACGAAGAACCUCUGCACGCUAUAUCCGCGACAUCUUGCGGACGGCUGUGUACCAAUCUUGGGAUCUCCCCGGCUUUUUCUUACCGUAGGAAGAAUUGCUACUGUUAUGCCAGCACGCCGAAUAGUAAUUCCUCAUAUACAAAUAUGAGAGGAGCUGUGUAUUACACCAAAGAACCAGUUGAAAAGUCCAUCGCAUGUGCGGAAAAAAAGUACACAUACCUGAGUAAUACCGACAUUUGCUAUAAAAUCUACGACGACAUUUUUGGACUUCUGAACCCCGGUGAUGGAUGUCAAUCAGACGGGGCUCAUCUUAUUAUGUUAGACACGGCCGAAAAACUCCAGGAUUUCCAGUUCCUUCAACCAGGCAAUUAUUACUUAAUUGGAUUAGAGAAGAUUAGCGACAAGUGGGAAUGGACAGGUGACAGAUCAGUUGUAUUCAACACUAGUCUGUGGUACCCAGGCGAACCAAAUGGUCUUCUAGUGCCAGAACUCUGCGGGGCUGUGGGACACUUCCUGGCAGGUGGAAUUGGUAUUUUUGAUAUUAGUUGUACAUAUCACAAGUGCAUAUGCGAAAUAUAAACGUAUUUUUUCUCGUACAUUGAAAUGUCACCACAUUUAUUUUACUAUGGAGAUCCUAGCUCCAUUGAUAAAAACUGCUAUUUAGCAAAAGUGAUAAAAAUAUCUGACUGACAUUUCAUAUUUCCUAUAUCUCAUUGUAUAAACCAAAAGACAGUUCUUCUAAUACACCAUGAGUAUAUGCAAAUGAAUAACAAUGCAUACUGAAAGUAGUUUUUUAAAUGCGUUUUUAAUUUUGUUUCACACAUUCAAAAAACAGUAAGAAGAUUUUAUCUUCAAAUAUCGAAAUACAUUUGCGUAACUUGGAAAAUCUCAUUCCAAAAACGUCGAAAUCUACUCUUGUCAUAAUUAUCUUCUCAUCGUCUGAUUCAUGAAAAUAUUAUCGUUCAUUUUUCUAGACAUGUGAGUGUUGUAAUAUUAUUCAAAAUAAUUAGAUAGUAGAAACUUUCGGAGACAAUUUUUUAUCUCAAAAACUUUAUCAUAAUAUAUUAUAAUAUCUAGAGGUUUCAAGAGGCAUACACGAUGAGAAUUAAAAUACGUGGAUAGAGUGCAAGGAGACAGAACAUUAAAACAUUAGUCAUAGGUAUCAUUUAGAAUGAGGUAUAUUGUGUUUGGAAUCAAAUAAUGAAUGCACACUUCAAAAUAAAGUCAGAGAACAUGAACAAUAAAUACGGAUUAAGUUUUGAACUUUGAACAGUAUUGGUGCGUUUAGAAACGCUAUGAAAAGGGAGUUGGCGAAGAUGAGAGAGGUACAGUAAAAGAUAUAUACAGUGUAUUAAAUAUAAACCUGUACUACCUUUUGCAUCGGACAAUAUUUUCUCCUUUGAGGGCUAACAUAAUGUUGCCCUCAACUCCAGUCAUUAUUUGUAUGAUAUUAAAGAACUAAUCUUUUUGUGAUAUUCUUCUGUAAAUAAAAAACGAACAUUUAUU